UUCGGGCAGUUUGGUUCUCACCACCGCUGAGUCUACUGACUAAGCUGCGGCAAUUCGCGGAUGCCAAUACCAGCAACCCCGCUAUGAUUGGAUCCGAUGUGUCAAGAGUGGUCAAAGGGCGCGGCGCAGGGGUCUAAGAGCGCGUCACAUACUCCGGAGGCGUGCCCCGCCAUCAGCCGCGGCGCCGAACGAGCCAUUGCGGGAUGAAUGACCCUUGGAUAGGCAAAAAAUUGUUGCGAUGCCGCUGCGUUGUCUUGGACCGUGGUCAUCGAUGCGAAUUGACUCACUCACGCCAAAACCGCCUUUCUUAAACGUGUCGCGUGGUAAUCUGUCUCCAUCUCUCAUCUUCACUUCACUUCAUUCCACUUCUUUGUAGACUUAUUCUCGCAAUUGACGCCCGUGUCGCUGCUACCCCUCCUUCUCACUCACAAUGGCAACUGAACUCCCCACCACGAACGGCGCCAGCGCGCUGGACGGCGAGAACAACUUCGCCGUCAAGGCGGGCCUCGCCCGCAUGCUCAAGGGCGGCGUGAUCAUGGACGUCGUCAAUGCCGAGCAGGUGCGUGCACGCAUCGCCGAAGAGGCGGGCGCCGUCGCCGUCAUGGCGCUGGAGCGCGUGCCCGCGGAUAUCAGGGCGCAGGGCGGCGUGGCGCGCAUGAGCGACCCGCAGAUGAUCAAGGAGAUCAUGGACACGGUGACGAUUCCCGUCAUGGCGAAGGCGCGGAUCGGCCACUUCGUUGAGUGCCAGAUCCUCGAAGCCCUCGGCGUAGACUACAUCGACGAAUCCGAAGUCCUCACCCCCGCCGACGCAACCCACCACAUCACCAAGCACCCCUUCAAGACCCCCUUCGUAUGCGGGUGCCGCAACCUCGGCGAAGCCCUGCGCCGCAUCUCCGAAGGCGCAGCCAUGAUCCGCACCAAAGGCGAAGCCGGGACCGGCGACGUCGUCGAAGCGGUGCGGCACACCCGCACGGUCGCCGCGGAGAUCCGUCGCGCCCAGGGCCUCGACGACGCGGAGCUGCGCGUUUACGCCAAGGAGCUGCGCGUCGACUACCCACUCCUGAAAGAAACCGCGCGGCUGGGCAGACUCCCCGUUGUGAACUUCGCAGCCGGCGGUGUCGCGACGCCCGCCGACGCCGCGCUGAUGAUGCAGCUCGGCUGCGACGGGGUGUUUGUCGGGUCUGGCAUCUUCAAGUCGGGCGAUGCGGCGAAGCGGGCCAAGGCGAUUGUGCAGGCGGUUACGCACUACAACGAUGCCAAGGUGCUGAUGGAGGUGAGUAUGGACCUGGGCGAGGCGAUGGUGGGGAUCAACUGCGGGACGAUGGAGCCCAAGGACAAGCUUGCUGGGCGUUGA